AAGCAACGAAAUAUUUAUCUAUAUUCAGUUAAUACGUGUGUUUACUAACUAGAAACAUGUUAAUAAAGUUUCUGUUGAUAGUCGCCUUUGUAACCCUAACUUUUGCCGCGGACCAUGGUACUUUCAAGGACUGUGCCAGAGUAGACUUUUGCACUAACUUGAGGACUCGAACACCCUCUGAUGACUAUUCAAUUGAUUUAACAAGCGUCUCAGCAUCCACUGACUCAAACACCUUAACGGCAACCCUAAAAUCCAACACUGGAGGCUCGGACUUAACCUUUACUCUAUCAGGGCUUCAACAGAACACCUUCCGACUGAAAAUCACGGAAAUGGAUUCUACGAGAUACGAACUCCAGGAUGUUCUUGACGGGGAACCCGAAGGCCUCAAUUUCGAUGACGUCCAAAUCGGAGACAACUCAGUAACUGUAACCACAGCCUCUGGCUCAAACUCCGCUACGGUCACAUUUUCCCCUUUCAACAUCGAGUUUAUUAAAGAUGGAGUCACAGAAGUUCUUUUUAACGGAGAUCGUCUAACUGUAGCAACCAACGACGUCACCGCUCCGUUCAGUUUUGGAGUUACUUUCCCUGAAGGAUUGCAACUCUACGGAAUUCACGAGCACUGCGACAGUCUCGCUUUGCAAAAUACCGAACCUGGGGGUACUGACCCGUACCGUUUCAAGAAUUCCGAUGUGGCUCUUUACGAAUUGAACUCCCCGAUGGCACUCUACGGAGCAGUUCCUGUUAUCUAUGGACAUGGGCCUACAGCGACUGCUGGAGUCUUUUUGCAUAACGCCGCAGAGCAGUGGAUUGAAACCACGAGUAAUCAAGAUGGCGGAAGUCAGACGUAUUUCAUGGCGGAAAUUGGUACUUUGGACGUUUUUGUUUUAUUAGGGCCUAGUCCUACCGAAGUGGUACGACAAUAUACGAAGUUGACUGGUACCGCGCAUCUGCCACAACUUUGGGCUUUAGGGUACCACCAGUGUCGAAAUAGUUAUGAGUCGCAGGACGAAGCCAAAGACGUAGUUUCUAACUUUGAUAGUAAUAACUUCCAGAUGGAUGCUCUUUGGUUGGAUAUUGAUUACACUGAUGGGUAUAGGUAUUUCACGUGGAACCCAAGCACGUUUAGUGAUCCGGUUGACCUGCAAGAAACCCUUGCUAGUACUAACAAAAAGAUGGUGACUAUAAUCGACCCACAUAUCAAGGUUGAAGAAGGAUAUAGUGUGUACGAUGAGGCUUUGGCUAAUGAUUACUUUGUAAAAUACGACAAUGGUUCCAUUUUCCAAGGACAAUGUUGGCCGGGAGUGAGUGGCUGGAUGGACUUUUUAAAUCCAGCGGCUAGAGAGUUCUACGGGAGCAUGUACUCAUACGACAACUUUCCGGGUACCACAACCACUCUUGCUGGUAUCUGGAAUGACAUGAACGAACCAUCAGUUUUCGACACUUCGCUUGAAAACACACUACCUGCUGACAGUCUCCAUGUUGGUGGAGUCCGACACCGAGAAAUCCACAACAUUUACGGUUUACUACACACAAUGUCCACCCAUCAAGGUCUUAUAGCCCGUGACAAUGGAGAACGCCGCCCUUUUAUUCUCACCAGGUCCCAUUUUGCCGGUUCUCAACGGUACACCGCCAUCUGGACCGGAGAUAACCAAGCGGAUUGGCCUUACUUUUAUUCCGCCGUCCAAGAAUGUCUAAAUGCGAAUAUCUUAGGUCUUGUAUUCUGUGGUGCGGACGUCGGUGGCUUUAUCUUUAGCCCCACCUACGAAUUAUUAGAAAGAUGGUACCAAGCGGGUGCUUGGCUUCCCUUUUACCGAGCUCAUUCAAAUCAAGGCACCCUCAGACGUGAACCAUAUCUGCUGCCUGAAGAUUCACAAGUUGUGGUUCGAGAGGCACUUCAGACAAGGUACAAGCAUCUACCAGUUUGGUACACCUUGUUCUACGAACAUACGCUGACGGGUGAUCCGAUUAUAAGACCCGUGUUCUAUCAGUACCCUGAGGAGACUGAUGCGUAUAGCAUUGAUGGGCAGGUUUUAGUGGGUACUGAUAUCUUGGUACGGGCGGUGUAUGAACCUAAUGUUACAGAAGUAGAUAUGUAUUUUCCUGGUGGUGAAAAUGAAGUGUGGGUUUCUGCUAAUAGUGACGAUGUUCGAGCAGGAACUGGUCUAACUACUAUUCCUGUCGUCAGAGAAUAUUCGCCGACUUAUUACAGAAGAGGUGGUAUAAUUGUCAGAAAAGACACAAUAAGACGAAAUACGGCCGAGAUGGUGGACGAUUCUUAUGUUCUCUACUACACUGUCGACGAAAAUAAUACUGCCCAUGGUACUGCCUAUGUAGAUGACGGGGUUAGUUUUAAAUAUAGGGACGAAGCUGAUUAUAGAUACAUAACCAUUGAUAUCGAUGGCAACACCUUUUCUUUUAGUGUAACUGGAAACGGUAGUUUUCCUUUUGUUGUGGAUACGGUUGUACGCAGAGACAUUAUCAAACUUCCCGAAAACGGCCAAGCAGGAUCCUAUAAAGAAACUGUUUUCACAAGUGAUGCUAAUGGAGAACUUCUAAAAAAUAUCAAAAUUGGUUCGAAAGAGAAAGAAGUCUUCAGACUGAAGGAGUAGUUGUUCUAAUGAUGCUGUAUAAUUAAAGAACAUUAAUAAAGUAACAUUGAACACA